AGAGCCGGAGCGUUCACUUUCAACCCUCAAGGGGGGGAGGGGGUGCGGGCGGGGAGGGGAGAAGCUUGCGGCUCCACCUCGCGCGCGGCGCGGCCAGAGCGCCCGGCUCCGGCAGAGGCGAGCAGCGCCGGUGAGCCCCGCAGCAGCGCGCCCGGCCGCCCGGAGCCCCGCGAUGGAGAUGGCAGAGGCGGAAUUGCACAAGGAAAGGCUGCAAGCCAUAGCAGAAAAAAGAAAGAGGCAGACUGAAAUAGAAGGCAAGCGACAAGAGCUUGACGAGCAGAUACUUCUGCUGCAGCAUUCCAAGUCCAAAGUGCUUCGGGAAAAAUGGCUGCUGCAGGGUAUCCCCGCUGGAACUGCGGAAGAGGAGGAAGCCAGGAGGCGGCAGUCUGAAGAGGAUGAAUUCAGAGUCAAACAACUGGAAGAUAACAUUCAGAGGCUGGAGCAGGAAAUACAAGCACUAGAAAGUGAAGAGUCCCAGAUAUCUGCCAAAGAGCAAAUCAUCUUAGAGAAACUGAAGGAGACGGAAAAAUCUUUCAAGGACUUUCAGAAGAGCUUCUCCAAUGCGGAUGGAGAUGCAGUAAAUUACAUUUCCUCCCAGCUCCCCGACCUGCCAAUCCUCUGUUCACGAACAGCAGAACCAUCACCUGGGCAGGACGGGACUAGCAGAGCAGCUGCUGUGUACGCCAUGGAAAUUAAUGUGGAGAAAGACAAACAAACAGGAGAGACCAAGAUUCUCUCUACAUCCACCAUUGGCCCAGAGGGGGUCCAUCAGAGAGGAGUCAAAGUCUAUGAUGACGGUACCAAAGUAGUGUAUGAGGUGCACUCAGGAGGCACUGUAGUAGAAAAUGGAGUGCACAGAUUAAGCUCAAAGGAUGUAGAAGAGCUUAUUCAGAAGGCGGGACAAUCAAGCUUCAGAGGAGGGCACGUGUCAGAAAGAACUGUGAUUGCGGACGGGAGCCUCAGCCACCCUAAGGAACACAUGCUCUGCAAAGAAGCCAAGUUAGAAAUGGUACAUAAGUCUAGGAAAGAUCAUUCUUCCGGGACCCCAGGGCAGCAGGCCCCAGCUCCCAGCACGGAAGGGCCGGAGGCAAACUUGGAUCAGCCAGUCACCAUGAUUUUCAUGGGCUACCAAAAUAUUGAGGAUGAAGAGGAGACUAAGAAGGUGCUAGGCUAUGAUGAAACCAUCAAGGCUGAAUUGGUCCUCAUUGAUGAAGACGAUGAGAAGUCAUUGAGGGAGAAGACCGUGACGGACGUGUCCACUAUCGAUGGGAAUGCGGCAGAGCUUGUGUCCGGGAGGCCAAUCUCAGACACCACAGAGCCCUCAUCCCCAGAAGGGAAGGAAGAGAGCCUGGCCACAGAGCCAGCCCCAGGGGUCGGGUGGGAAAGUGUGCUGCUAAAGGGAGACGAGGCAGCCUCAGAUGCCACAGAAACAGCCAGUGCAGACAUGACUAUCAAGAAGCCUCCCCAGCUUUCUGAGGAUGAUGUCCGGCUAAAAAACGAGAGAGACAAUUGCAGCGUCGGCCCCCUGGAGCCUGCAACCAGCUCCCUUCCCCCAGAUCACAAAAACAUGGAAAUUGAAGUCUCUGUUGCAGAAUGUAAAAGUGUUCCUGGAAUCACCUCUACCCCACCUUCCAUGGACCACCCCUCCCCUUUCUACUCACCCCCCCACAAUGGCCUCCUCGCUGAUCACCAUGAAUCUCUGGAUAAUGAUGUGGCCAGAGAGAUCCGCUAUCUAGACGAGGUGCUGGAGGCCAGCUGCUGCGAUUCUGCUGUGGACGGAACUUACAACGGCACGUCGUCCCCAGAGCCUGGAGCAGUCGUCGUGGCGAGCAGUCGAAGCCCACCUGCCCACGCAGCCAUCCAGCCAGAACUCACGGAGAGGGCAGCGGGCAGACAGGCCCCUCCUCACAUCGAGUUCAGCACAAGCAACUCUGACGCCAUGGCAGAGGGUGGAAAAGCCAACGGCCACUCGCCUGACCAGCCCCAAGAUCUGCUGGGGGACGGCCUCCAGGCACCCGCGAGCCCCAGCUCCUCCACCGGCUCACGGUGCUCGGGCCGUGACGGGGAGCUCACGCUCACCACACUGAAGAAGGAGGCCAAGUUUGAGCUGCGUGCCUUCCAUGAGGACAAGAAGCCCUCCAAGCUCUUUGAGGACGACGAGAACGAGAAGGAGCAAUUCUGUGUCAGAAAAGUGAGGCCUUCGGAAGAGAUGCUGGAGCUGGAAAAGGAAAGGAGAGAACUCAUCCGGAGCCAGGCCGUGAAAAAGAAUCCUGGCAUCGCGGCAAAAUGGUGGAAUCCUCCCCAGGAAAAAACCAUCGAGGAGCAGCUGGACGAGGAGCAUCUGGAGUCGCACAAAAAGUACAAGGAGCGCAAGGAGAGGAGGGCGCAGCAGGAACAGCUGCUCACGCAACAGCAGCAGCCGCCCCCAGCCCAGCUCUGCGCGGCCCCUGUGGCCUCACGUGACCAGGCCAGCGCGGCAGAAAACGUAAAGGAGGACAUCGUCACAGAGCAGAUAGACUUCUCUGCUGCUCGCAAACAGUUCCAGCGCAUGGAGAGUUCCAGGCAAACAGUGGCCAAGGGCCAGAGUACACCUAGGCUCUUCUCUAUCAAGCCCUUUUAUAGGCCUCUGGGGUCAAUCAACUCAGACAAGCCACUGACCAUCUCGAGACCAGCUUCCGUCGGGGGCCUUCCAGAAGACAGUGGUGCAUCAGCAGCCAAGGGGCAGCAGAAAGCCAGCUGUGCCCUGGAGAGUCAGCCUGCGGGGGGAAGCCAGGGCAGCACAGCUCCUCAGGGGAGGGAAGGGCCCUACAGUGAGCCUUCCAAACGUGGGCCCUUAUCCAAACUGUGGGCAGAGGAUGGGGAGUUUACCAGUGCCCGGGCCGUCCUCACUGUGGUCAAGGAUGACGACCCUGGGAUCUUGGAUCAGUUUUCAAGGUCAGUCAAUGUCUCUUUGACCCAAGAGGAGCUUGACUCUGGUUUGGAUGAAUUGUCAGUGAGGUCCCAGGAUACCACUGUCCUGGAGACCCUGUCCAACGAUUUUAGCAUGGACAACAUCAGUGACAGUGGGGCCUCCAAUGAGACAACCAAUGCCCUCCAGGAGAAUUCACUGGCUGAUUUUUCUCUGCCCCAGACUCCACAAACUGACAACCCUUCAGAGGGCCGAGGAGAAGGCGUCUCCAAGUCCUUUAGCGAUCACGGUUUCUAUUCCCCUUCAUCCACACUGGGAGACUCUCCAUCGGUUGAUGACCCCUUGGAGUAUCAGGCUGGUCUCCUGGUGCAGAAUGCCAUUCAACAAGCCAUAGCCGAGCAAGUGGAUAGAUCUGUGUCCGAAACCAGCAAGGGUGGGACAGAACAGCAGGGACCUGGAACAAGUCUAGAGGAAGCUGGCACUGGGGCUCCCAGUUCAGAGAAGCCUCAGAGCAUGUUUGAGCCGCCUCAGGUGUCUUCUCCUGUUCAAGAGAAGAGGGAGGUAUUACCAAAGAUUCUGCCUGCUGAAGACCGGGCACUCAGGGAAAGGGGGCCCUCCCAGCCACUGCCAGCCAUACAGCCCAGUGGCCCAAUAAACAUGGAGGAGACCAGACCGGAAGGGAGCUAUUUCAGCAAGUACUCAGAGGCAGCUGAGCUGAGGAGCACAGCCUCGCUCCUGGCCACUCAAGAGUCCGAUGUGAUGGUUGGACCCUUCAAGCUGAGGUCAAGGAAGCAGCGGACUUUGUCCAUGAUCGAAGAAGAGAUCCGAGCAGCUCAAGAAAGGGAAGAGGAACUGAAGAGGCAGAGGCAAGUCUUGCAGAAUACCCAGAGCCCCAGGGCAAAGAACGCCCAAUCGCUGCCCUCCCGAACAUCAUGCUACAAAACCGCUCCAGGGAAAAUAGAGAAAGUCAAACCUCCUUCAUCCCCCUCACCUGAAGGCCCCAGCUCGCAGCCUGACUUAGCCCCCGAAGAGGCUGCCGGAUCCCAGCGGCCCAAGAAUCUGAUGCAGACCCUCAUGGAAGACUAUGAGACACACAAAUCUAAAAGGCGUGAGAGAAUGGAUGAUAGUAGUUACACCUCUAAGUUACUGUCUUGCAAGGUGACUUCCGAGGUCCUUGAGGCCACACGGGUUAAUCGAAGAAAGAGCGCACUGGCCUUGCGCUGGGAGGCAGGGAUCUAUGCCAACCAGGAGGAAGAGGACGAUGAGUAACAAACUUCCUUCCACCCAGGAAGCUUCUUUGGUGCUUGGGUUACCAAGAAACCAAGCAAUCAACACAUCGAAGCAUUUUAAUGGAAUAUUUAUUGAAGUGCAAACAAACUCCACAAUCCUUAUGUAGACCAGAAGCUGCAAUGACCAACAAUUAAAAAUAAAGUAAAAAGAAGCCUACCCAUCAAACUCUAUAAACACCCAGGAGUCAAAAGACAAAGGAUUUUUUGAGACUCAAAAGAAUCACCUGGAUUUGGACCAAUCCACAAUUGAUCCAAAAGGACAAAGCAGUAACAAGCAAAUCAACAUGGUUGCUCCAGGCGGAAUUGAGACCAGCCUCGCUGGGUGAUGACAAACAUUGGUGACAGGGCCAUUUAGAGCUGCAGAGCCCACGCCGGUGCAAUCUACAGGGUGUUGGAGACUCCCUGCACCGGUUCCCUACCGUCGCUCACAGCAUCAGAGGUGUGGGAAUAACUCCGUUUACUCCAGCAGCCGUAAAAUGAAAUGCAAGUUUCUCUGUAUCUGCCAGGAGAGGCAAUUAGGAUUCCAUUUCUCUUACAUCUAAUUGUUUUUAAUUGGGAGCAAUUAAUGAUCGCAAUAUAUAAAAUCCACCUUCUUAAGACAAUGUUUCUUCAUGUUGCAAACACAAUCUAUUCUACAUGAGGGGUUUGAGAAAGAGGGAGAAAGCCAAACCAAAUGGAUUAUUUUAGCUUUAGGAUCUCGUCUGCUUGUAGUAUUGACUAAUUUGCCGUUUAUGAGAACACAUUUUCACAAUUAUGUUUCUUCAUAUGAAAACUAUAUUUAGUGGGCAACAACUAUUUUUAUGAUGGGAUGGGGGGAGUAUAUCCAUGUAUAAAAUCUGUACACAUCCAACAGCUUGGCUCAAGAUGGUGGGGGUAUUUUUAGAGUGGCAAUAAUUGAAAAAAGGGCAAACUCUGCCUUCGAGAGGCAGAUGACAGGAAAUAAAAAGGUGUUUAUAACUAUAUUUUAUAUUAUAAAGUGGACCUUAGUAGGAAGAAUGACAGAUUAUUUUGGAUCAAUCAGAAAGGAAUCAUUAAAGAAAGGACAUGAAGGUAGACAGAGAAACAGGGAGGGAGAACGUGGGAAAUUAAGGAAGUAACAGAUAUUAUUUUUGCUGAGCAACCAGCGUUUUUCAGAAUGAUGAAGAGAAAAAUAUAGAAUAGAAAUCUAAGUGCAGGCUUGGAAUCAGCUACAAAUCCUAAAGAUGGUGUGUGUGUGUGUGCGUGCGUGUGUGUGCGUGUUUGUGUGCGCGCGUGUGUGCGUGCCCGUGCGUGCUCAUGCACGUCCCUUUGUGUGUUUGGGUAAAGUGUGUGUGCAAGGAUUAAAAUUCCAGAAUGCUCAUGGGACAAGGGUGUACAGUUAUUUCCUCCAAAGCUGUUUGCCAGCGUCAGGAGUGAGUGAGAAUUUCUUUUUUAUGAAAAGGGAUAUAGAGGCACCGACCUGAUGCAGUAUUUGUAAUAUUAAAUCGACCUAACAUGGUAUUUGCAUGAGUCACAAUUGCAAAGUUUUGAGCAGUUUUGUAAUUUGACAUUUAGAGAAGUACCGUAUUUAUUCUCAUGCUUUGUAUUCAUAGCUUAGUAUACUGUAAAGGAUGCCAGCUUUAGCUUACUGUCAUUUAAAGCAAUAUGAUAUGGGUAUUCAAUAAUUGGGUGCCCUGAAUUUCUGGAUGAGAAAAGUUUUUAAUUCUGGCCAUGAGAAAAAACACUGACCAGCCUUUCUUUUUUCUAUUUGUUUUAAAACUAUGGUUUUUAAAAGAGCAAUAAUGAAGCCAGACCUCACUAAAAUUCCUUUUUGUUUUUAUACUGUUACGUCACAAGCUCUAAUAUGUUAUUCUGACAAAUAACAACUCCACAACAGUGUGUACAUAGAUGUUAGGCACAUUACCUUUGCUUCUUUUAAUAGUGUAGUGUUGACUUUAGGGGGAAAGUUUAUUCACAGGCAAGCGGUAGGCAUAAAGUAGAAAUGCAACCAUCUGAUAACUUACAAGGAUCCUUUAAAACUGCCAAAGGAACCUGCAAUUUGAAGCCAAAUUCUAGAGAUCGGUGGCUGGCACCAUCUUUAAGUGGUGUAUUCUCCUGAAUAUCGUGAAGGAAUAUUCAACAAAAUGUGCUAGCCACUGGGGACACAAAACAAAUAAGAUCCCUGCUGCAAGGAAUUCAUUUUCAAGUGGGGGAGGCUGGCAUGGAGACAGACAUUCCCAGGAAAAUGAGGUUUGUGUUAGACUAGAAGUCCUGGCGGGUGAAACGGGAGCCCCCAGGAAGGCUGCCUUGCCUGAGGAUUUUCAGCGUUCCCAUGGCAGGCAUGUGACUAAAAGAUGGGACAAGAGCUUCCUGUGGCUCAGGGGCACACUGGCAGCUAGGAUGGCUGGAGAGCAGAUGGUUUUAUGAGAUGCACAAAAAAAGAAACAUGCUUCGUGUUUUCUGGACUAACUCUGAAUCUGGUAGAGAACACAGACUUGAUAUAGACAAACACUGUCUUUCCCAAGAGGAAACAGCCCUCAGGACCCACCUGACAUUGUUGUGUUUUGAAGGAAGCCGGGUCCCCACCCAUCUUAAACCUACAUUUGAGAAGAGAAUUUGCAGCUGAAUGGGAAGCUUAGGAGGCCACACAAUUCGUGGAAUCUUUUGGAGGCAGACAAAUUGGCCUUUGACUACAGUUGACUGAACCGGAAGCAUUGCCUAGAGUUCUAGCAGGGAUCCUUGGGUCCUCGCUCCACGUGUAGAUAAGGCAACAAAUGCAGAGUUUCCGUGAGCCUCCCACAGUCACGGCGCUGCUUAACUGUGGCCCCUACAUCUGCAACAUUCGCUUGUUCCCUCUGCUGCCUUCUGAGGACUGCUGUCGAUUUCCUUGGUCCACUCACUUAGAAUCCUAUUAAAAUGUAAAUUGCAGUUCCCUUGGAAGAGCCAGGUUUUCUCUGUGCUCUUGAGUUUUUUCCUCGUUCAGAAAACAUCGGGCCUUGUACACAGCACCGUGCUAGGUCCUGGGAUCCCAAAGGAACCCCUUUAACCUUCUGAACAUGCAACAGACCCCUGGAGGAGAGUCAUUACUGCCUAAUCCAUCAAGAGGAAGAGGCCUGUCAAGGAAAUUGGCCUCUGAUGCUCGUCCCUGCCCCUAAAUAGCACGCAAGCUUGUUAAUCUCAACUAUAACAAAUGUUUAGAUUCUGUAGAUGUUAAAAGCUUUCCUGAAAGCGUUCCCUUCCACAGUGUUUAUAGAUGUUCACUUUCCUCGGGAGCUGAUUAACUACUGACAUGCCUUGGCUCUCUCAUCCAGAAAUUAUGGAAACAGGGUCUGUCAGUGGUAGGAGGCUGGGCUGUAGUCUACUCGGGUGACACAAUGCAAUUUCCUUGCCUCUUUACACCUCUGCAUGCUGCCCACCUUAGACAAUGACGUAUAAGCAGUAUAUAGAUCAGUGUCCACGUACAUACACAACACAACACAACACACACAUAUAAGGUGUAACAAGAAACACUAAGACAGUGUUGACUCUUGUCUCUGAAGACAAACAUUUUUCCAACUCAAGAAUGGAUGUAAUUAAACUAUGUAUUGAAAAAAAAAUAGCCUAAGUGUUUAGAGAUGGUGAAUAUAUCCAGUUUUAGUGACAGAACCAAUUUCCUGAAUUUUAAGCAUUCAGUGAGUGAACUGCCAGCUUUGAUUUUGUGUUGCCCUUUACCCAAAUGACUUUUUUUUUUUUUUUGGAGGAGGGGUGGGGGGGGAAACAGCAGCAAUACUGUGUUUGAAAAUUAUACUCUGUAUCUGGCUCUCCUGUGUAUGUUAACCACUUAAAUGUUAUUAUCCUGCUUCAGUUUUAUAGUGAUUGUGAGGCAUUCGAUGCAAGUAUACAAUUAUUUUCUCAUUAAAA